AGCAGGAGUCUGAUCCCCUGAAUUGACGGUAUUGGGCCGGCUCAACCUUCAUUGAUCAGAGGCCCUAAAGUAUCUACACGGAGCUCUCUGAUCUGCGAUCCACCAAUUCCACUUCCUUCCUUUCCCAAUCUUAAGAUCCCAAACCUCUCUCCCCCAGAUCAGCCGCACCUAACCUCACGCGCCACCGCCAUGUCCACUCCACCCACCCUCCCCGUCUCCAAUCAGCCACCCGCUCAAUCCCAGCCGCCAAUCAACACCCCCGCCUUCCGCACCUUCUUCUCACGCCUCUCCACCUCGAUCCGCGACGGCUUAUCACAGCGCCGCCCGUGGGCGGAGCUCGUCGAUCGGAGCUCCAUGGCGCGUCCCGAAUCCCUCACAGACGCUCUGUCCCGGAUCCGUAAGAAUCUCGCCUACUUCAAGGUGAACUACGUCGCCGUCGUCUCCCUCGUCCUCGCCUUCUCCCUCUUCUCCCACCCCCUCUCCCUCCUCGUCCUCCUCGGUCUCCUCGCCGCGUGGAUGUUCCUCUACGUCUUCCGUCCCUCGGAUCAGCCGCUCGUCGUCUUCGGGCGCACUUUCUCGGACCGAGAGACGCUCCUCGCUCUCGCCUUGUCCACCGUCGUCGUCGUGUUUAUGACGAGCGUUGGAUCGCUUUUGACGUCCGCGUUGAUGAUUGGCGUCGCGAUUGUGUGUUUGCACGGUGCGUUUGUGGUUCCGGAUGAUCUGUUUAUGGACGAUCAAGAGCCUGCUAACGCUGGGUUGCUCUCCUUCCUUGGUGGUUCCGCUACUUCCGCUGCUUCAGCUGUUGCAGCCAGAGUUUAAACUUAGAGAAGAGGUGAGGAUUAUCUUGACAAUUGUUGUUGUUGUUUCAUCUUCUAAUUUGGGAUAUUGUGUUAUGAUAUUAUAUGUUAAUCGCAUGGGAAGCAUCUUUAGCUUUGAUUAUAUUUCUGAUCAUUUGGUCUGUAUAAUUUGGAGUUAGAAUCUUUCAUGUUCUGUGGUUGGAAUAGACAUGACUGUCUUGGUUUUGCU